AAACGCGAGAUCAAAAAUGGCGAUUGAGAUAGAAUCGGCCGAUGUCGUCCGACUUAUUCAGCAAUACCUAAAAGAGAACAGUCUUUAUCGGACCCUGAGUGUUCUACAGGAGGAGACAGUAAUCUCUCUUAACACAGUCGACAGCAUUGAUAGCUUUGUGACUGAAAUCAAUAAUGGACAUUGGGACACAGUACUGCAAGCAAUUCAGUCCCUCAAGUUACCUGACAAGAAGCUCAUCGAUCUCUAUGAGCAGGUGGUGUUGGAACUUAUUGAGUUACGAGAAUUGGGUGCAGCCAGAACAUUACUGAGGCAAACCGAUCCUAUGAUCAUGAUGAAACAGAAUGAAGCAGAGAGAUAUCUACGCUUGGAGAACCUUCUGGCCCGCUCUUACUUUGAUCCUAGAGAGGCAUACCCAGAGGGAAUGUCUAAAGAGCGUAGACGAGUAGCUAUAGCACAAGCUCUGGCAGGUGAGGUGAGCGUCGUCCCACCAUCACGUCUCCUGGCACUGUUAGCCCAAGCUCUUAAAUGGCAACAGCAUCAAGGUCUAUUGCCUCCAGGUUCAUCUAUCGAUUUGUUUCGGGGCAAGGCAGCCAUUCGUGAGCAAGAAGAUGAAACAUUUCCUACUGAGAUGUCAAAGCAAAUUAAGUUUGGUCAGAAGUCGCAUGUGGAGUGUGCAAGGUUCUCACCAGAUGGUCAGUACCUGGUUACGGGAAGUGUGGAUGGCUUCAUUGAGGUUUGGAAUUUCACCACAGGAAAGAUAAGAAAGGAUUUAAAGUACCAAGCUCAGGACAACUUCAUGAUGAUGGAUGAUGCUGUCCUUUGUCUCUGCUUUAGCAGAGACUCCGACAUGAUUGCCACUGGAGGACAGGAUGGCAAAAUCAAGGUGUGGAAGAUCCAGACCGGACAGUGUUUGCGCAGAUUUGAAAGGGCUCACAGUAAAGGUGUUACCUGUGUCAUGUUCUCUAAGGACAACAGUCAGCUAUUAAGUGCCUCAUUUGACCAAACUAUACGAAUGCAUGGACUGAAGUCGGGUAAGGCCCUGAAGGAGUUUCGCGGUCACACGUCGUUCGUCAAUGAGGCGGUGUUCACGGCGGACGGGCACAGCAUCCUGAGCGCAAGCUCUGACGGAAGCGUGAAGGUGUGGAGCAUCAAGAGCACCGAGUGCAGCAACACGUUUAAGUCAUUAGGAGGAACCAGUGGUGCAGACAUCACAGUUAACAGUGUACAUACAUUGCCAAAGAAUGCUGAGCACUUCGUAGUGUGUAAUCGAUCCAAUACGGUUGUUAUCAUGAACAUGCAAGGACAGAUCGUAAGAAGCUUCUCUAGUGGAAAGCGAGAGGGCGGUGAUUUUGUGUGUUGCUGCGUGUCAACGCGAGGCGAGUGGAUCUACUGUGUUGGCGAGGACAUGGUCUUAUACUGCUUUAGCACCUCGACAGGUAAGCUGGAGAGAACACUGAGCGUACACGAGAAGGAGGUGAUCGGCAUCGCGCAUCAUCCACAUCAGAACCUCAUAGGCACCUAUGCCGAGGAUGGGCUGCUACGUCUGUGGAAGCCCUGAGCAGAGAGGUCUGCUAACGACUCGUAGAACUCAACUCGCACGGUAUGGUCAUGCCGUAAGUUCGACGUUUUAGAAGAAGGUCGUGCCUGGUGGUCAUAUUUUGCCAAGUUGUAGAGAUUUUGCAGUCUUAAGAGACAUUUUUCAUACCGCGCACGACUGUAGAGAUAUGCACUGCAUGGUGAUGCCACAUGCUCACGGAAACACCGUGGCCCUGUUUAAACUGUGAGCAACACACCUAAUGCAUUUGUGGCAUUGACUCUCGAAUGUGAUAGAAAUAUCGAAUUUCAUCUAUUCAUGAAACAUCAUUCUGUUUACAAAUGUAAAAAGUACAUGUGUAGUUGUCUAUAAUACUGCACAUUUUAUACGAGGAAUGUUGAGCAAUAUUAAGAUCAUUCCCUACGAUACACAGGAUAUCGUGUGUUUGGAUCACUGUUGGUUGUUGACAUGUGUCCAGUAAUAACCUGAUAUAUAUAAUGUGAAUGUCAGCUACACAUUCAUAUCAUCAUCAUACAUGAGCAUUUUUAGUGUGUAAAAUCUUUUCGUGUGUAGACGUUUUGCAUUAUAUCAGUACAUAUUUUAUUACCGUGUUAACGUCCAGCAAUGGGUAUGGUAUAAAUGAAUAGAUGUAAUGCUACACAAAUUAGUGUAAACUAGUAACUUAGUGUUUUCAGCAUGCUUUAGUGUCCUAUUUUGUCAGCAGCUAAAUUUGUAGAAAAUCCAAUCAUUUUCUAAGGUUGUUGAAUUUACAAAUAUUAAUUUUUGCCAAGAGAGAAUGGACACAUUCCUAACCUCAAGGGUCGUGAUAGCAUUCCUGUUGCAAGCACUGAUAAGAAAUAGGAAUGUUGAAAACAUUGUUUGCUUUGUUGUACACAUAAAUGCUCCAGCAUUCACAUAUUUAUGUAUGCGACUGUAUUGUCUUCUGUAAUAUGAUAUUAGACGUUAGAAUUUAGUUAUAGUCUGCAAAAAUUCAUCAUGUUGCAUUCCCAUUUAAUGUCUCUAUGUACAGUGGAAGUUAGUGUAAGAAAUAAAUUGACACAUUUUCUUGUA